AUGCUCCGCCAGAUCUUCAGUCAAGCCAAGAAGCACCCAAGCUUGAUACCUCUCUUUGUAUUCAUUGGAGCUGGAGGUACUGGAGCAGCCUUGUAUGUCAUGCGUCUGGCUUUAUUUAAUCCAGAUGUCUGUUGGGACAGAAAGAAUAACCCAGAACCAUGGAACAAACUAGGCCCCAAUGAUCAAUACAAGUUUUACUCAGUGAAUGUGGAUUAUAACAAACUGAAGAAAGAAGGCCCUGACUUCUAA